GCGUCCGCCAGUUGCAAUCGGGGGGCCGGCGUGAGCGCAUGUACGGUACACCGCAGUUCAACUUUUACACGUUAAAAUAAAAUCAGCACAAAAAGUUGUACCUGACAAACAUAUGACAGCCCCCAUCGUCGUACAAGCGAAUAAACUGUACACCGAGUGAACGAGUUGCUCUUUUGUUUUGUGAUAUAAAAACCGAAGUUUGUUUUUUCGUAAAAAAAAGUGCCUCUUAGACGUUGGUUGUUUAGUGAAAUCGAGUGUUGAUCGUUCAGAAUGUCCACCCUGCUGUUCUGGCAGGGCCGCGGCAAGGCCAACGGGGCGCCUAAUGGCCGCAACUGGAUACACGCCCCUGACGCCCUGGUCAAGGGACAUGUUGCAUAUCUUGUUAAGUUCCUAGGCUGCACUCAAGUGGACCAGCCCAAAGGCAUAGAAGUAGUUAAGGACGCUAUAAAGAAGUUGCAAUUUACGCAACAACUUAAGAAGUCAGAGACAAAAGAUGCUGCUAAAUGCAAAAAGGUUGAGAUCACGAUAUCCGUCGAUGGUGUUGCUAUACAGGAGCCAAGAUCGAACAACAUUUUAUACCAAUUCCCGCUGCAUCGGAUAUCCUAUUGCGCGGACGAUAAAGGCGCCAAAAAGUAUUUCUCCUUCAUCGCGAAAGGUGGCAGCACUGUCAACGGUGUGAACGGCCAUGACAGCGGCAAUGUUGAGAAACACGAAUGCUUCGUGUUUGUGUCAACAAAACUAGCUUCAGAGAUCACACUUACUAUCGGACAAGCUUUCGAUUUAGCAUACAGGCGGUUCCUAAACGACAACGGGAAGUACAUUGAGAUGCAAAAACUGACGCUGCAGAAUAGAAAGCUGGAACUACAGAUGAACAUUUACAAGAAUAGGUUACAAGAGUUAUCAAAGAUAACGUAUAAAGACGAUCUCUCAGCAUACCUAGCACGCAACAGCCUCUCAGAUAUCACGGAGUUCAAAGCUCCGCAAGAGCUGGACAAACAGAUCGCCUCUCUCACUCUCGCGAAUGGAUUCAGUGCGAUGAAUGGAAACAAAACUCCUGAUAAUGGUGGGGAUGCACUGUCCAACAAUUCAACGGACACGUUCAACUCCAGCGAUAACAAUUUGUUGUUGGCGACGCCGCCGCCCGCGCACAACGGCAAGCCCAGCCUCGCUACUGGUAAACUCCUUGGUGAUCUGUCAAGCAAAAACCCCGUAGUAGGCACGAAGCUGGAAGGACUUCUUCUCAACUCUGAUUCCGAUAGCGAUUUCGAUCCUCGCGCGUUCGAGUCUGAGCCCGCGUCUCGUUUCGCGCCCUCUGAAGCCCCGCCCACUGCCGCGCCGCCAUUGUUGGCGCCACCACCUAAAGCAUCGAAGCGCCAAUCGCCUCAACAAGUCGCUUCACCCAUAAACGGACAACAACAAAUGUCACCAAUAAACGGCAGCGAUUUAUUCGGUUCCACGCCAUUUUCUAUCCCGAAUCAAACAGUCGCAACAUCUCCGUUCACAGUACAAAAUACUAACAAGCCUAAUUACGAUAUAAGCGACUUUAAUUUACAAACAUCGGUGUUUAACUCCAAUACGUUCACGAAUGGAUUAACCGGAUACGAUCCGUUCGACACGCAGAAGACCGGUAAUAUCUUCGGUAAUGGUUUCGGUAAUACUUUCAACGGAUUCGGGAAUUUAAGCGAAAAACAAACUGUGGAACUUGAUAGCAGCUUCAACGGAUUCUUAGACAAGACUAUUUCAGAGAUGAAGGAUGGAUUCAGCCGAGGGAUCAGUUUUGGAAACGAAGAUUUUUCAAUAGACAACUUGGAUCCCCUGAAGAAGAAUUAAGAAAAGAUCAUCCAUAAAAAAA